ACGCGAGUUGGCUUGCGCUGAGAAUGUGGGCAGGAAACGCAAGACAAGAAGAGAGAAGUGAUCACGUUUUCCAACGUCGUUGUAUACGAAAAGCAACAAAAUGUGCAGCAAUAUAUAUGAUUAGUGUCCUGGAACAGUCGUUUUCCACGGAUUCAUUAGUCUUGGAUAUUUAGAGACAAUCCUCGAAAGCUUUCACGACGAGGGAUUUGACCAGAGAGAGCUGCCUUCGUUCCCUGCCUGCCUGGUUGAAAACAUCGGGGCGGCCAGCGGGUGGGACUGGGAUUGGAAAGAGGAUUCGUGGAAAGGAGCCGUCUGCUCUCUGAAGCCAUGAGGGAGUAUAAAGUGGUCGUUUUGGGUUCGGGUGGAGUGGGCAAGUCAGCUUUAACUGUUCAGUUUGUGACAGGAUCUUUCAUCGAAAAAUACGACCCAACAAUAGAGGAUUUCUACAGAAAGGAGAUCGAGGUGGACUCGUCUCCGUCCGUGUUAGAGAUACUGGACACGGCAGGAACCGAACAAUUUGCCUCUAUGCGAGAUCUGUAUAUCAAAAACGGUCAGGGAUUCAUUCUGGUCUACAGUCUGGUCAACCAACAGAGCUUCCAAGAUAUCAAACCGAUGAGGGAUCAGAUCAUCCGCGUGAAAAGAUACGAGCGAGUGCCCAUGAUCUUGGUUGGAAACAAGGUGGACUUGGAAGGCGAGAGAGAGGUCUCUUCCGGGGAGGGAAAGGCGCUGGCUCAGGAAUGGAAUUGCCCGUUCAUGGAAACUUCUGCCAAAAAUAAAGGCUCGGUGGACGAACUGUUUGCUGAAAUCGUCAGACAAAUGAACUAUUCUGCUGUUCCUAGUGGUACUGAUCAGUGUUGUUCGUGUAUUCUUCUCUAAGAAAACAUAAAUAGCUAUCUUGCUAGAUAUGUGAAUCCGAGCGAUAAGGCCUAAAAGUCAAGAGCAUCGAACAAGCCCAGUUUUGAAAACUUGUUGAUAACUAAAGACACAGUCUCAGUGUCUUUAGGCCAUUAGUAUUUGAAGCUUCCCUCAGUUGUCUUAUUGCACACACAUCGACGACGAAUACAACAAUCGAUUAUGUAAAUAGCCUGAUAAGUGUUUACAUGACAAAGUACUUGAAUGUUUGAUUUUUAUAGCUUUGUAUAUGACACUUCUCUGGAAAUGUGCCUCAAGGGGAAUGUCUUAUUGUGAAACCUAAGAGAGACACUUAUUUUCUUGUCAUGUUCUCUGUUUUGGAAAAUGUGUGGUGAUUUGAUUUUUGUUGAGUUGUACUGUUACAUGUCUUCUGGGUGGAUCCUUCAGUAUUGGACGAAAAUAUUCGACUCCUCCCCCAGAAUAACAGGGGUUGGUCACUUUUAGGGGAUUCCUGUAGACUGAAGGAAAACAUCCCAGAAACAUAAGAAAAAUGUUCUUAUUUGCUUAUUGUUCAAUGCAACUCUAAACCCCAGCCAGUCAAGCCUUGCACAGGUGAUUGGAAUUACACCUGAACAUCUGAGCCCCAAAAUACCAUCCCUGAUCAAGUUUGCUACAGCAAAACCUGAACAUGUCUUCCCUCUUUCGGAUGUGUGGUACAGCUAAAGAGAGAGACAGGUGUGCAUUGUAAUGAAAACAUUAGUGGAUCUAACAAUAAGACUUGCACUUCUGAUGACACUGUCCCUCUUCAGUGUUAGUAACUAAGUACCUGUAGUGUGUUAUUGUCCAGGGGACUGAGUCUCAUGUCGAGUGCCUUCUGAAGAAAACAACUGACUGUGCCAACUGAUGACCCCUUCUCCUUAUACAGAGACACUGAAUGGCAAUCACAAAAAAAAUAUUUACAUUUCCUUUUACUAACUUUACCUUUGUUCUCAGUUGAUCGUCGUGAAAGAGGAUGUUUAAAUUAAGCCUACAUCCUUUUAAAUCAGUUUCGUUUGGGAAGUUGAUGUAGAACAACUGUUGUAUUACGCCAUGGUUUGGCCAGCUCUUCUGCGAUGGUACUACUUUACCAGGAAAAACUAAAAACAACCCAAACCACUUACAGUAUGUCUUUUAGUUCAGUGAAUUGCAAGCCAUGUCUGUUAUUCUUUUUGUUUUGUUUUUUUAUUUUUCUAAAAUGUGAAAAUCUGACCCAAUUGUAAUUUUGACCUCUGACAAACCUUUUACCAUUCAACUAUCUGCUUUGGAAGACUUUUAAUACAUAAAGCAUUUUAUGUAA